AUGGCGAAAGGCAAGCCUCGCUCUGACAAGCUCGUCGGAGCUACCAACCUUCUUGGCACCUUGUUCGUCGGCAUGCUCCUCCACAAAGCCGUGACAUACCUCGCCGGAAACGACAGUUGGGUAUAUUGGUUCCUCGUUCUCUUCACCUGGCGAUACCUACGCCUGGUCAUCAACCUUGCUGGCUUUUGGAGCUACCAAGCGUCGCCUAUACUCGCCACCCACACUUACACGCCAAACAAGGACGUCACGGUCAUCGUCCCGACCAUCGAUCCCGGCCAGGAAUUCGAAGACUGCGUACUGUCGAUUGCACGAAACUACCCAGCCAAGAUCAUCAUCGCCACAGUAGGCAAUGUACUCCGUACCAAAGUGUUGGCGGCCAUAAAGCCUAUGGAAGAGGCGUACCAAAACACCAAAUUCGAGGUUUUGACGACAUAUGUGCCAAACAAGAGAGCGCAAGUAGCGAACGCCGCGCGCGUAGUCAAGACAAACAUCACCGUCAUGGUCGACGACCACGUCUUCUGGGGGCACAAGAUGCUCGAGUCACUGCUACUCCCGUUUGAGGAGGACCUGAACGUUGGCCUAGUUGGCACCAACAAGCGGGCGCGGCGUAUGAACGGACUGGGCACGUGGCAGCGUAUCUGGAACACGCUCGGAGCGCUGUACCUGGAGCGCCAUAAUUUUGAGAUUCGGGCGACCAACACCAUCGACGGCGGCGUCUUUGUCGUCUCGACACGCACGUGCGCCAUCCUGACCGACAUUUUGCACCACGACGAUUUCCUACCCGGCUUCGAGAACGAGAGGUUCCUGCUCGGCUGGCUCGGGCCCCUCAGCCCCGACGACGACAACUAUGUCACGCGCUUCGUGGUGCGCCACAACUUCGGCAUCAAGAUUCAGUACACGCCCGAUACCCUCAUGGAGACGACGGUCGGUGUGGCCUCCCCGCCGUACCGAAAGUUUCUCGGCCAGUGCCGCCGCUGGUCCCGCACGACGUGGCGAUCCAACGCGUGCAGCCUGUUCACGGACCGCUCUAUCUACAUCAGCCAGCCCUAUUGCGUCUACGCCGUCUUCUUGACCUCGUUGACCAACUUUGCCGCCGUUAUUGACCCGGCCCUGGUAUACCUACUAAAGCAGUCGCUGUGGUUUGCGGCCUAUCCAAAGCUCGCCAUAGGCAGUCUGGUCGCCUGGAUCCUACUUUCGAAGGCGGUCAAGGUCUUUGCUUACUUCCGGCGGCACCCGCAGGAUAUCUGGCUGUUCCCGGUCCAGGUGUGCUGGGGCUACUUCCACAGCCUGAUCAAGCUUUGGGCGCUGCUCACCUUCUGGGACGGCGCGUGGAGCGGUCGAAACCUCAGCGCGGUCCCGGUUGACAAGGGCCGCAGAAGCCAGUCUACAUCGCCGUGA